AUGAGCCUGUCCCUACACCUUGGCCAUCAGUCUUGUUUGUCCGUUCGCACCUUCUUAGCCCUCGACCACCACUCUCGCAGAAGUCCCCGCACUUCCUGUUCCACCACCAACUUCACUUCUGCUUCGGUCACUUUCCAAACACAUCCCUCUUCAUUGCGCUUUGUGUCGCUCGCCUCAUUUCAUCCAACGCAUCCAACGCGUGACGAAAUGGCCGUCGUCAAGCGCGAACCGAAUCGCCACACCGCCAAAACGACCGCAUCCAUCGAGCCAACCCAGCAACGGCCGACACGUCAGUCGCGCCGCGACAGUAGUGUCGCUACCAUUGUGGAGGGCYCAAUGGUGACUACCCCAUCGCUAGAAAUCGCCGUAAACAUUCCUGACAAUUUUGCUCAGCCAUAUCGCGCCUCAAGCGUGCUCAGUCAGGCUGCUGCGAACGCACCUCCCACACCUGCAGAUACCAGCCACGCCUCAAAUGGCACCACCACCCCAGCAGACGGCGACGUGGAGAUGUUGGAAGAUCCCGAGCCAGCUUCCGAUGCGAUGGAGAAGCUGGGACAGAGAAGCCGCAGCCUCAUCCAGAUCAUUCAGAAGCUGUCGGCUUUCAACAUCGAUACUACCUUGCCAUCACUUCCUAAGAUCAUCCUAAUUGGUGAUCAAUCUGCUGGCAAGUCUUCUGUCAUCGAGGCACUUUGCGACAUCAAAAUGCCGCGCAGUGAAGGUACUUGCACCAGGUGCCCUUUCCAUUUGACGACUACAAGCUCCAUUACUGGCUCUUCUGGCUGGGCUUGUAAAAUCUCGAUCUUGACGAAAUUCGCCUUUGUACCCUCUGUGCAAGCUGCUCGUGAUGGUGAGCAGUAUGACCAGUGGCAAAAGCAGAAGGACAGCUCUACAGCGCAGUUUGCAGUGAUCUACCAGAAGGAGCACCUCGACCAAGCGCUCCGUCGCGCUCAGCUAGCUGUUCUCAACCCAGGGCAGGACUACAGCAACUUCAUGAACACUUCAGUCGAUUCCAGACACAGGACCAAGAAUCAGGUGGAUUUCUCCCCAAACAUCGUUUGCUUGGAAAUCGCUAGUCCGAAUCUACCGGAGCUUUCCUUCUAUGACCUUCCAGGCGCUAUCAACUCCAUGGGCGAUGAGAAUGACCAGUACUUGGUCAAGUUCGUGGAGACUCUCUUGAAGAGCUACAUCAGAGAUGAAAAUGCCACAGUGCUGCUGGCAUGCGCCGCCAACCAGGACAUCGAAACUUCGACCGCUGUGCGCUACCUGAAUGAGUGCAGAAUUGCUCAUGGCAAAGCCCGUGGAGAUCGUGCUAUAGGCGUGCUCACCAAGCCUGAUCUCGUAGACGACAACCCAGAAAAGAUUGCUGGAAUCAACAAAAUCAUGCGUGGAAGCGAAUUUCGCAUGAAUCACGGAUGGUAUGUCACGAAACAGCUUUCACAAAAACAACUCACCCAGGGCAUCACACACGAGCAAGCCCGCAGAGCUGAGAGCGAAUUUUUCGCUGCUGGUCCGUGGGCCGAAGAAGAUUUGGCUGCAUACCAGGGCCGGUUUGGCACGUCAAACCUGCAAGCAGCGCUCUCACAAAUCCUGACUACCCAUAUCCUGCACGAGCUUCCUGGAAUCGUAGCUCGGGUUAAAGACAGAAUCUCUGAGGUUGAUCAGGAUCUGGCCAUGUUCCCUGCUCAGGAUGCGGCUCCCACUUUUGCCAUCAUCCAAGCAAUCGAUGCACUCAAGUCUUCCAUCCUGUCAGAGCUCAAUGCCGACGGAGUGUCCGAUUUUCGCAAGACAUGCCGUCAAGUUAACAUGGAUAUGCCGAAGAGACUGACUGAAUGUCGGCCGACUGUUGAGCUGUCGACGCCGGGCUACGUGAAGCAGAGCAUCCCUGUGGAUUCUUCAGAUGAGGAGUCUCCUACCAAGAAGAUCAAGGCCAAGCCCAAUAACCGCACCAGCGUCGCGCCCGGUCGAACUCCAACUCCAUUGUCGACACCAGGCUCUAGCACCAACGAUCGUCGCCGGAAGGUGCCCGGUAGCAACACCACAGCUGUCAGACCUGCUUCUACCCGGUUUCAGUUCAAGCUAGAUGAAGUUAAGCGCAGCUUCGACUCUGCCCCAGGUGCAGAUCUGCCUGGCGGAAUUUCCAACAUCGUUAUUGGGAAGCUCAAUCUCGAAACCCUCGGUGGGUGGAAGGUGGUCCUUAACAAAGUCGUGAAGACUGUUAAAGACGCCUUUGAGCGCAUGCUCACAGACAGCCUUAACAAGGCUCUUGCGGCCCGUCAUGCUACAUUGCUCUUCAAGCAGGCCUCCAAAAUCGUUCACGCUCUGUUCAACGAAAUCUUCACGGAGGAGAUGGCAACCAUCACCCGUAUCCUCGCUAGAGAGACGUACAGAACCAUCUCUCAAGCCGCGGAGCCACUGGAGCACAAGAAGAUACAACACCAGGCUGAACUGCAGGCUCGUCGCUUGAAGCUUCGCGUGCAGGAGCACUUCGAGGACCUUGAGGGACAAGGCUUCAAGGUCACCGAGGCGGAUAUUGAGAAGAGAUCGAAGGAUGCUGCUUGGGCUUUGGAGAAUCUCGGCCCCGACGUCUACCAUCGCGAAGUAGAGCAGCUCGCUACACYACUGGCAUACUAUGACGUUGCCUCCAUGCAGCUAUGCGACACUAUURUCCGUGAGCUCGAGUACGGUCUGUUCCACGAAUACGAGGUGCGCUUGCACAGCAGACUCCUUGACGAGCUGCGUGCUGGAGAUGCGGCGUACUGCGCCGAGCUUCUGGCAGAGGAUCCCGCCCGUGAGAGGGAGCGCGUUGCUCUGCUCGUGGAGCAGGACAAGUUGCAGCAGGCUUUGAAGGAGCUGAACAGUCUUCCGGACGCUCAUGCUUAA